AUGGCAGAUUCCUCCGCCGGAAUCAUAUCCAUGAUCGAGAGCAUCAUUAAUGGGAACUAUUGCAACGAUGCCUUGCUCGCAUUCGUCACCUACGAGUACACCAUAACACUCAGCCUCGAGGUGGACUUAUUUUGGAGAAGACAGCUCACGGGGGCUGGCAUUCUGUUCCUCCUCAACCGGUACCUCACGCUCGCUCUGAGGGCUUCUAUAAUCGUCGAAGGCUACAUCACGUCAAGCACGAGGUAUGGGCCUAUCUCGAAUGAAUGA